AUGACAGCCCAGGGCGUGGCCUCGUGGACAGAGAUUGCGGAUGGCACGCCGUGUGGCCGGGACCCUGACGAGAUUGGCGUGCCGGCAAGAUGGGCCUUGGACGGGACUGAGGAUGAACGUCAGGGAUUCAGCCAAAGUAGGGAGAAGGGUGGGUUUCCUGGCGGCAGCGCCGGCGAAGGGGCUUCAGGACGAAGUGCCGUGUUAGACGCAGCCACAAUACCGAUUGAGGGCGAAGCGACGCAGGCCGAAGCCACUCUAAUCUAA